CGCUAGCACGAUACACCUCCACAUAUUCCCUCGCCGACCAUGGCGGCACGGAAACUACAAACGGAAAUCGACCGGACCUUGAAAAAGGUUCAGGAGGGCGUCGAGCUCUUCGAGAGCAUAUACGACAAGAUGCAGGCGUCGACGAACAUGACGCAGAAGGAGAAGCUCGAGGCGGACUUGAAGACGCAGAUCAAGAAGCUGCAGCGGUUGCGGGACCAGAUCAAGACCUGGGUCGCGAGCAACGACAUCAAGGACAAGUCGGCGCUCGUGGACAACCGAAAGCUCAUCGAGACGCAAAUGGAGAAGUUCAAAGCGUGCGAGAAGGAGAUGAAGACGAAAGCGUUCUCGAAAGAAGGUCUCAUCCAAUCCGCCAAGCUCGACCCGAAAGCGCAGGAAAAGUCGGAACAGGAGGAGUGGGUGCAGAACCAGAUCGAGCAGCUGCAGAAUCAGGUGGAGCAGGCGGAGGCGGAGAUCGAGGCGCUGCAGGCCGGGGGGAAGAAGAAGAAGGCGAGCAGCUCGAACGCGCGCGCGGAGGAGCUCGAGCGCCUGAACGAGCGGCGGAAAUGGCACAUCUCCCGGCUGGAGAUCAUCAUGCGCCUGCUCGACAACGGCUCGGUCGCGCCCGACCAGGUCAAGGCGCUGCACGAGGACGUGACCUACUUUGUGGAGAACAACGCGGAGGAGGAAUUCGAGGAGUACGAGGGCAUGUACGACGACCUCAACCUCGACGAGAAGGAGGAGCUGUUCGGCUUGGCGGCCGAGCACGACGACGACGACGACUCGGAAUCGGACGACGCGAGCGAACCUGCGGAUCUACCACCACGGACACCGUUAAAGAAGCAGACACAUGAUGACGAUCGAGAAACAAACGGGAAACGGGAAGGCAGCCCAGCGACGAAGAAAGCUCCGGUCACAUUACAACUAAGAAGAACGUCAGCAGCCGCAGAGUCGAAACCGCCUCCGAAUCCAAAUUUCUCGCAGGUACCGAUGGCGAGUAUACUAAAGAAUGGUCUGAACCCGACGCCGACGCCACCGCCACCACGACCCGCCGCACAAAUGCCUUUACGAUAUGCAUCGGCAGCGGCGGCAGCGGUAGCACCGACACCGGCGAAGGACGCGCACCCAACGCAACCGUCGAAUGCGACGUCGUCCACCUCGACCGUGACGCCGUCACAUCCAACGCCGCCGACGCCAACUGCACCGUCAAUAUCGUCGUCUUCCGUACCGACGACAAUAGCGGACGCGUCGUCUUCACCGAGCUUGACACAUCCGUCGGUCACGAGCCCCAUGCUCUCAACGGCUUCGGUAUCAGGCAAGGGCGCGGACGGUUCUAUGGCAUCGGAAAUGUCAGGUUCGCCGGCAUUAUCGGACGCGGCAGCAACAUCGUCACCACAGCGGCCUAAAGGCGCACCGACACCACCUCCACUGGAGUAUCAGCAGGCCUCGCGCGUGUCGACAUUAUCCCAGCAGACCGUCACUCCAGAGAACUACCCCGUCACGCGGCGCUCGAACGGCACACCGGGCGCGCAACAACAACAACAGCCCCAGGCGGGCUCCUCCGCGCCGUCACCGCUGCCGGCGCAACUGCAGCAAGCGUCGCCCUCGUCUGCGCCCCAGUACCCGCCGGGCGUGCGGGGCCCGGAGGCCGCGUCGAGCAGCGCGGACCCUAUGCACAUACCGCAGCAGCAGCAGACUCGGCAGGCGAGCAUCGGCACGCCCGCGCCACGGACGGCGCCGAGCGAGCGCCCCGGGAGCGCGACGCAGCAGUACCUCUCGACGUUCUCCGACCUCGCGGCGUCGUACGAGAGCGUCAAGGCGAAGUCGAACGCCAAGAUGGGCAACACCGAACAGGUGCACAAAUUCCUCGAGAGCGGGUACCAAACGGCGCCCCAGCCGUCAGAUACGGAAAGGCCCAGAUACUACGUACCGAAAAAUCCGUGGCCGACACCUGCGUAUUACCCCCAGGUACCGAAUCCGAUCCUGUCGCAACCGGGCAUCAUCAGCCAAUUGGACGUCGAGACGCUCUUCUACGUCUUCUACUACCACCCGGGCACAUAUCAACAGUACCUGGCCGCGAAAGAGCUGAAGCGCCAAUCCUGGCGGUUCCACGUCAAGUACCUAACGUGGUUCCAGCGGCAUUCGGAACCGCAGGCGAUCACGGACGAAUACGAGCAGGGUGUCUACGUGUAUUUCGACUGGGAAGGCUCGUGGUGCCAGCGGAAGAAGAGUGAUUUCCGGUUCGAGUACCGAUAUCUUUCGGAGGAUUGAGUAUUAGCACAUACUGCAGAUGCGGACUCGCGACUUCAUUAUAUUCAGAGCAUCCCCACCCACCCGUGCUUCUCCUCUCCAUUGUAUGAUAAACACGC